CUGUCAAGAGAUCAAGUCAACAGACGACUAUUAACAUCGGGCGGCCCUGAAUCAAAGUCCGUUUGCGCAUCCCGAGAUUCCAACAGACUCAGUUUCAUAUUUUAUCAACGUCUCCGAACUACGACGGGCAGCGACGAACACGAUAGACCAACUAGUCCGUGAUCUUCGCCACUCCGCGCAAACCCACGCACCCGAAAUCUCUACAUAGACAUCAACCACGCCGACGACCAUCUCCGUCGGUCUCAAUACCGCCAAGGUGGCUUCCUCAAUCGUCCUCCCACGCACCGUCUCUUACGACGCACCCGCCGCAACCUUGGCACCGCGUCAGGACUCCUUGACAUAUCAGAACGCAAUGACAGACAAGGGUGGCCGCAGGAGGAGAUCUAGUAGCAUUCUCCAGGUCUACCAUGAGCCUCUCGAGCCCGUUGAGCAGCUGAGCGACCAGGCUGCUCUCCCCAACUUGAAUGCCAACUGGGUAAACGCAAAGGGCGCAUGGACAAUCCACUUCGUCCUAAUCCUCGCCCUCAAGAUCAUAUACGAUAUUGUCCCCGGUGUCUCACAAGAAACGUCAUGGACGCUGACCAACAUCACGUACAUGAUCGGCUCAUACAUCAUGUUCCACCACGUCCGGGGCGUGCCCUUUGAGUUCAACGGCGGCGCCUACGACAACUUGAACAUGUGGGAGCAGAUCGACGACGGAGCCCAGUACACGCCUGCCAAGAAGUUCUUGCUGAGCGUGCCUAUUGUCCUGUUCCUGCUCAGCACGCAUUACACGCACUACGACUUGACGUACUUUAUCAUCAACUUCUUGGCUGUCCUGGCGGUCAUCAUUCCCAAGUUGCCUUAUAGCCAUCGCAUGCGUGUCGGUCUCUUCUCUGGCGUUCCAGAGGAAUAAUACCCCCCCACGAUGAAAACGAAGAUAGAGAUUGGAAAGUGUACCGGAAACGAGUUUAAAUCAUACUGUCUCGCCUUCUGGAAGCACGACUCUAGGGUCUCCAUUUGGCAAAACAAACACAGAAAGAAC